GCCGUGCUCGAAGUUGAAUCGGUCGACAAGGUAUACGGGCGGGGCGACAACGAAGUUGUUGCGCUCGGUGGCGUCACGCUGACGGUGGCCGACGGUGAGUUUGCGGCCCUGGUUGGACCAUCGGGCUGUGGCAAGACGACGCUGCUCAACCUGAUUGCCGGGCUCGACGAUGUCGAUGGCGGUCGCAUCCUCGUUGACGGGGAAACGUUGACGCCGGUGGAGCGACUGCAUCACUUCGGGUACAUGCCGCAGCAGGACAUGCUCUUCCCCUGGCGCACGGUGCUCGAGAACGUGUCGCUUGGCCUGGAGGUGCAAGGCGUCGGACGCUCCGAGGCGAGAGCCCGCGCUGCCGAGAUGUUUCCCCAGUUCGGACUGGGAGGCUUCGAGCAUCGGCGACCGCAUGAGCUGUCGGGCGGGAUGAGGCAGCGGGCGAGCUUCUUGCGCACUUACCUGCUCGGACGGCCGUUUCUGCUGUUGGACGAACCAUUCGGUGCGCUCGAUGCCAUUACCCGCGGACAACUGCAGGCGUGGUUGGCCGAGACCUGGAAUCGGAUCGGCGGCUCGGCUCUGCUGGUGACGCAUGAUCCGCAUGAGGCGGUUGCGUUGUCAGAUCGCGUGUUUGUGAUGUCGUCGCGGCCGGGCCGGAUUACCAAUGUGCUGGAGGUCGAUCUGCCCCGACCGCGGACGACGCACGCUGCCGAGACUGAGGCUGCGCACCGGUUGAUCGAUGUGUUGCGUCACGAAACUGAGCCGGAAGAGGCGCUCGCGUGA